ACAGUGACUGAUCCACUGUGUGUGUGUGUCCUGCUCUGUUGUGGAGAUAUUUGGUGCAGUGCGUGUUUAGCAGGAGGAGAUUGUUACUCGUUAUUGUUUUAGAGCUAUUAUAAACAUGGGUAAUGUUAUUUGUUAUCCAAAAAAAGAGUCUGAUAACUGUGAUAAUGAUCAUGAUAGAUUUUGUGCAGCUGUAGCGUCCUCUCUGCGGCUGAGCUGGCUGGGAACUGAUAACCCACAGACGGAUAUGAAAGUGUUUAGACAGGCCAUUAUCCCCCUGCUGCUGAACUAUGCUGUCAAAUACAAUGACACUGAUGAGCUGAAGACACUUCUAGAGCACGGUGCAGACAUCUCGGUUGGUGAUUGGCAUGGCAGGACUCCUCUACAUGUGGCAGCAAGGGAUGGAAAUAUGGCUGUGGUGAAAUUCCUGCUUGAGAGGGGAGCAGAUGUCAACAAAGUGGAUGCUGCAGGACAGACCCCACUUCAAGAAGCCAUUAAGAGCAUGGAUAUAGAUGUGGUGAGUUCUUUGGUAUCUAAAGGAGCUUACUUGAUGAUGACCUCAGAGGAACUUGGGGCACAGAUGUGCUGCCUUGCGAGUCAGGGACUUACUAAAGAGAUGCUGGUGUGGGAGGCGGCUGGUGUCAGCUUUAAGGUGGCUGACGAUAGUGGACGGACCCCUUUACAUGUGGCAGCAAGCUCCAACAACCCAGAGAUGGUUGGCUUCUGUCUCCAACAUGGAUCUGAUCCGGAGGCGAGAGACAUGUACAACAACAGGCCUGUAGAUGAUGCCAAAUGGCUUGGUUAUGACAACAUAGAGGAGAUGCUGACCAAAAAAGAUGAGCAGCAGAGCCAGACAGAGGAUUCCAUAUCUAUGGGCCUUGUGAAUCAGGGACUUACUAAAGAGAUGCGGGUGAGGCAGGAGGCUGACGAUAAUGGACAGUCCCUUUUACAUGCGGCUGCAAGCUCCAACAAGCCAGAGAUGGUCGGCUUCUCUAUACAACAGAAAUCUGAUCUGGAGGCGAGAGACAUGUACAACAACAGGCCUGUAGAUGAUGCCAAGCGGCUUGGUUAUGAUAACAUAGAGGAGAUAUUGACCGACAAGGACGAGCAGCAGAGCCAGAUAGAGGAAUCAACAUCUAUGGGGUAAAGAUAAAAGCACUGGACAGUUUGAAGAAGUACUUACUUUUGUUCAUGGGAUCGUCCAUGUGAUGCAAAAUGUAAUGAAAAACUGUAAUCUGUUAAAAAUGUUCUUUUUUUGCUUUACUAAAGCAUUAAUCAGUUGAGAAGAUUUAGGUUUGUCAGUUUGUUUUUAUGGUAGUGUUGUGUAGAAAUGAAUGAAUACAUUUUCUUAAGAACAGGGAUUGAAUGAAAUGGAUAAGGGUUGGUUCCACAUGUAAAACUUAAAAUGAUUAAUUGUUAGAGUAGUUAUUGCGGUUAGCAUUGACCCUAAGUUUUCUGGAAUGAAAUAAAGACGUUGGAUUUUC